GGGGAAUUCAAGAAGACUGACUCAGUGAGUCUCCGAUCGAGUCAGAUGGGGACGGGAACUAACGGAGAAUUAAAGUAUGAGAUCUCACAGAACGCAUACAUUAAACUCGUUCUCCACUCGCUGCGACACAAGACGACGUCGGUCAACGGAGUCCUCGUAGGUAGAAUCAACCCUAAGGACGAAAGCAUCGUUGAGAUCUCCGAUUCAGUGCCGCUCUUUCACUCCAACCUCUCUCUCCUUCCUCCUCUCGAAAUCUCCCUCCUCAUGAUAGAGGAGCAUUACGUGGCGCAAGGAUUGAGUAUUGUUGGUUACUUUCAUGCCAACGAGAGGUUAGAUGAUGUGGAGCUCUCUGGUGUGGGUAAGAACAUUGCUGAUCACAUCUCUCGCUACUUCCCUCAGUCACCCAUUCUCUUGUUGAACAACAAAAAGCUUGAAGCCUUAUCAAAGGGUAAUGAUCGAAGCCCUGUGAUGCAGCUUUGUGUGAAAGAUGCUUCCAAGAACUGGAGAGUGGUUGGAGCUGAUGGAGGAACCAAGUUACUCUUAAAAGAGCCAUCGGCCAAUGUUGUUUUGUCAGAUUACAUUUCUUCUGAGAAAUGGAAGGACGUCGUAGAUUUUGAUGAUCAUCUUGAUGAUGUCACCAAGGACUGGCUAAACCCUGGACUUUUCAACUGAACACGGGUAUGCAUGCAAUCUAGCUAAUUAGUGUUUUGCUUUCUCAGACCCUUGUUUACUAUUUCCCUUAAAUCUUGUUCAAGUAUUAUCCAGAGCUUACAGAACAUAGCUCAGUUUACUUUUUUUUUUUUUUAAUUGGUAAUCAUUUGAAUGAUAUCCUUUGGGGCUUGUUCUCGUGAUCUCUUUGGUUGC